AUGAACUGCAGCAAGACACCUGACUUUGUCUUCUUGGGGCUGUCCAGUGACCCAGAAAAAGGGAAGUUCCUGUUUGGCCUCUUCCUGGCUAUCUAUUUGCUGUGCCUCCUAGGGAACUUGCUUCUUCUGAUUACUAUUGCUUUUGACGUCCACCUCCACACGCCCAUGUACUUUUUCCUCAGUCAGCUCUCCCUGGUGGAUCUUUGCUUCACCACCACCACAGCCCCCCAAAUGCUGGAGAAUCUGUGGACCAGCAAUGGAUUCAUCUCUUUCUCUAGAUGUCUGACCCAAUUAUAUUUCUUCGCUGUUUUUGCUGAUAUGGACAAUCUGCUUUUGACUGCCAUGGCUAUUGACCGCUAUGCUGCCAUCUGUCAUCCACUGCACUAUUCACUGCUAAUGACUCCAUGCAGAUGCAUACUGCUGGUGGGCUGUUCAUGGGGAGUGGCUCACUCUGUCUCUCUGAUCCAUAUACUAUUGCUAUCUAAGUUGUAUUUCUAUACUAACCAAGAGAUUCCCCACUUUUUCUGUGACUUUGGUCCACUUUUUCAACUUUCUUGUUCUGAUACCCUUCUUAAUGAAGAACUGGUGAUGAUUCUGGCAGGGUUUUUAGGAAUCAGUCCUCUCCUUUGCAUCACAAGUUCUUAUGCUCAUAUUUUCCUGGCGGUAGCCAGGGUCCCAUCAAAACAGGGGAAAAAGAAAGCCCUGGCUACAUGCAGCUCCCAUCUCUCCAUGGUCAUCCUAUUCUAUACUACAGUUUUUGCCACCUACCUGAAACCCCCAUCAAAUUCUCACUCAACAGGUGAGCUUGUUGCAUCUGCCAUGUACACCCUGGUGACACCCACUCUCAACCCUUUCAUUUAUAGUCUGAGAAAUAAAGAUGUGAAGAGUUCUCUGAAGAGGGUUUUGGGCAUAGAGAGUUCUUGA